CUUUUAGUUACGCAUGUAGGUGGUGGCAAUUGGUUUAGGGCUGUUUGGGUUUUGUUGUGGUUAUGUUUGGGUGAGGUUCGUACUGUGUAGUGCAACAUGGGGAAAGACAUGGAUUCUUCUCACGGUUCAGGUAGACAUAAAGAUAAAAAUGAAACAUCUCGCAGUAGUAGGAGCGAUAAAGGAUCACAAAGUAGAAGACCAGGAAUCAAAGACAGUCAGAAUGCCAAUGGACAUUUGGACCGUUGGCCUCAUGACAAGUUCGCAGAUCUUGAGCAUUCAGGUUCUGGAGGACAGGGUUAUCAUAAUUACAGGGAUAGACAUCGACAUCUACAAGAAGAUGACUUCAUGGAUCAACGCAGGCAAGAACGAGAGAAAAUUGGGUUAAUUGGAGUUAUGCAAGUAUGGGGGAAGUCGCCGCCACGUUCGGAAGAUUCAGAUGAGGUGGGCUCAACUACAGCAGAACAUGCGAAGAAAAGAGAUGGUGAUAGAGAUAUAUCUGAGCCAAGGAGGAAGAAAAAGAAGUUAAAGUCAAAUAAAAAGAAAAAGAAAAGCUCACACAAGAGAAAUAAAAAGGACAAGAAGUCAAAGAAGAAGAAAAGGAAGAAAGUCUCGAGUAGUUCAUCCAGCUCUUCGGAAGAAGCUGAGGAAGUAGAAUUGUGGGUUGAGAGAAACAGAGCUGAAGCCUCUGGCUCAGAAGAUGAAGAUGGUGUGCUGGGACCAAUGCAGAAGCAGCAUGUAACUCUGUCUACCAAAGAUUAUGGAAAGGCUCUCCUGCCUGGAGAAGGAGCUGCUAUGGCAGCUUAUGUGGCAGAAGGGAAACGUAUUCCACGAAGAGGAGAGAUAGGGCUUACAUCAGAUCAGAUAGCAUCUUUUGAAGCUGUUGGUUAUGUUAUGAGUGGAAGCAGACAUCGUCGCAUGGAGGCUGUCCGUAUCCGUAAGGAGAACCAAAUUUAUUCUGCUGAUGAAAAGCGUGCCCUAGCAAUGUUCAGUAAAGAAGAACGUCAGAAACGAGAGAACCGGAUCUUAAGUCAGUUUAAAGAAAUGGUCAGCAGUAAACUGGCCAGUGAGAAGGAUAAUGAAUGAAGCUCUGACGUGGAAAAUUCGCCAGUCACUUGAUUGAAGUCUGCCAAUCCAGAAGAAAUCCCAGAUGUAUUAUGAAGGGGUGCUCUUAGUUUUCUUGCUGUUUUAGGUUAUAUUUUUAAUCUUAGUUUAUUAAGAGGGAAAUAUCAAUUUUUAUUGAGGCAAGUAGCUGAUACCCUACUUUAAGAAAUGUAACAUUGCCUUGGUGACUAAUUCUAGACCUGUUACAAUUUUAAAUAUUUUUUUUCCAAAAGUAUUAUACAUGGUCAGCUUUCCUUUUAUUGAAAAUUUAAACUGCAUCCAUCUCAGUAUGACUUAUGGAAUCAUGCUCUGGUCAAUGCUUUCUGUUUGUUUACAAGGGGAAACUGAUUCCAUUUAUUUUUAACGCAGCCAAGCCCUUCUUUUGCUCAUAAAAUUAAGUGCCCAUUUCACUAAGUUUGUGUUGUGUUAUUCACAUGUAUUAACUAUAUAAAAGACCUCGAUGUUAUGUUAGUAAACUGUAUUGUUAUUGUAAUGUAAAAUACAUAUAUUUUCACGCAUUGCAAUUGCUAUGAAUUAUUUUAUCACAUGUAAUAUUUUUCUCUCUCAAUAGCCUAACAGUUUUAUAUUGUAAUAUGUAUAUCCAUUGCUAGGGAAAAGCUAGGUACACACAUUCCUUAAAGAAAAAUUCUUGGC